CACGUCAGUACCUCGCGGAUCCGUUAGAGGAGAAAUGGCUGCAGCUCUGUCCCGUGCCCUCAAACUGCCCGGGAAGAAGGGCUCAGAGCUUGGGGAGUACGACCCUCUCACCCAAGCAGACAGCGAGGACGAGAGUGAAGAGGAUGAUCUCGUGCUCAACUACCCCCGAAAUGGCCUUGGCAGGGACAGCUGUCUUGGCACGGGGUCCUCGAAGCUGCGGGGUGGCAGGUCGGGCAGACUUGUGGGGGCCAAGGAUGAGGCACAGGAGGACGAGGAGGAAGAGGAGGACGAAUGGAGAGAGCGACUCCCCAGCAAAUCCAGGCAAGACCGAGGCGACAAGAAAGGCAUGCAGUACUGGAGCCACAAGGACUUGGGCAGGGACAGGGCGGGGGAGGACAGAGGGGGGUCUCAUCCACUGGGGGACGCUGGGCUGGGGGUUCACAGUACUGAUGCGGAAGAAAAGAGGAUGAGGACGAAGAAAGCUGUCCGAAGUGCGUUUUUCUUAGUGCCUCUGGUCUGCGCCACAUUGCUCGUGCUGCUAUGUGCAUUCCUGAUCCCUUGCCAGAAGGGAGACCUGGAUAAGAGGCCACAAUGGGAGAGAGCGCUGGGAGAUGCAGGAGGUGUCGCUCCACCCGCACUGGCGCUGUGGGAUGUUGACGGUGAUUCGGUGGAGGAUGUGUUUCUCGGUGUUACUGAAUGGACCACUGACACUCAUCCCACACAAAGGAACAAAAUUUACAGUGCGGUGGCGCUGUCUGCAGUCAGCGGUCAGGUGCUGUGGAGGAAAGUCAUGGGGGAGUCUGUGAUGUACAUCCAGUGUGGUCUGCAGUACAGCUCCCAGCCGUCACCCGUGUGUCUCCUCAUCAGCAAGUCCACCCUCAUGGCUGUCAAUGGCACCACAGGGAAGAACUUAUCGUCAGUCCAGCUCAAGAACAUUGAAUCCCAGGCGGUGUUACUCCCAGACCUCCAAGGCGACUCGGUCCCAGACCUGCUCAUAGCCACCCUUCCUGCAGAUGAGGCUUUGGAUCUCUCCCUGACCUUGAUCUCUGGGCUGACAGGGGCACAGCUUGGACGUUCUGUUCCUUUCAAUCUCACUGGACAAGGAAAACUGAUCGGCCCUCUGCUUCAUGAGACACAAAAAGGGGCAUAUUACAUCCUAUUUGGACUAGGUAAUGUGGAGGCCAUCUCUCUGCGUGAUAUUUACAUUCGCGCCACUGGAAAAAUGCCCGUAACUCAGGCACUUAAAAUUAAGGAUCCGGUGUGGGAGGAACCGAAGAAAACCAACUCGUCCUCCUUCGUAGACAUUUACAGAGGAUCUGAGGGUGUGGAGUUCCUGCUCCCUCUUGUGUCUGGUUUAGGCAACAACCACAACAGCCUGGACACUGUUUCUAACCUGAACUCCACCAGGAGUGACUGGGUGCUGGUGUAUGGCUCCAGCAAAGUGUCAGUGCUCAAACAGAGGGACAUGCGCAAAAAAUGGACCUUCAACUCCCCUCCCAUUCACAGCCAACCAGCCCUGGGACACUUCAAUGAUGAUGGAGUCCUGGAUCUUUUCUUUCAGCAUUCGGCAAACGGUGUCAUGAAGGCACAGGUCGUUGACGGGGCAAACGGGCAGUCUCUCUGGUCAGCAGAGUUCGUGUGUCCUCGUCUUGUUGUGGAAACUUCGGCGAUUUCCACCUCGACGGGCCAGUCAGCUUUCCUUUUUUGGGCCAGGGAACCAAUCAGUGCACAGAAGAAUGUUACCAAGACAACUGUGGCACCAGGUGUUGCUGCAGCUGAGCCUCUCAUCAGAAAACUCUUCUUGCUGCACCCUGCAUAUCCCACAAUCCUGCUGGAGCUCACGAGUACCACAGACACCGCAGUCGCCUCUGCAGUGAGUUAUCAGGAGCAUCAGAAAGACGCCUCCUACAUCACCGUAUCCUCCCGGCCCACGCCUGACUCGGAGCCCGGCGCUCAGAUAGUCAAGAGCAUGAGCCUCAGAGCUGCCAUCGCCAAAGGAAAAACUGUUAGAGUGGUGGAAAGCAGCAAGGCCGGGGCACCCGUGAAACCCGGAGCGUUUGAGGUCAACAAGUUCUUCAGGCGUCUGUCCUUCAAACGUCAGGUGAGAGAGACACGAGCGUGAGACGCAGGCGGUCGAAUCAGGUGGAAGAGCAGAGCCCAGACUUGCUUGAGGCUCACGUUCAAUAACAACAUUCGAUUAUAAGCUUCUCUGAACUGUGUUUCUUUGUUUAGUGAUGAGCGGGUUCGCCGCUACCACACCCUGUGUCACACGAAGCGGUACGACUUAAAGGGGCUCAUGUGAGGAUGAAAGGGACAUAAGCUGCUGAUAGCUCUGCACUAAGGAGAUACUAAGAAUUCAUUUGAGGCUGUUUACGUCCUGUUAGGCACACUGAGUACGAAUUUAAUUUCUGUUACUUGAGAAAGACGCAGAUUUUACUGUAAAAAAGAACAAAACAUCAUUUGUAGGUAGGCAUUUUGUUUGUAUUAUUGUUUUGAUUUAUUUUAUUGUUUGUACAAUGAUAAAGCUUAUUUAAAUUAUUUAACUUGCAGAGAGGGAAGUCUGUAAAUUUCAACUGAAUGUUUAUGAUCGCGUGGACUCGGUGGCAGAAGAAUAACUUUAUCACUGACAGUGAAGAUGAAAGAACAUCUCCAUGUGUUUACAGUAUGCACAACUAUAUAAAUACAAGGCCAGUAUAUUCAUGUGGUGUCAUCUCCCCCAGACAUGCAUUUUGUCACGAAGCCUCUAAUUAUUCUUUCUGCUCAUUGCCAAGUGAAGUAGUAUUUGUAUUUAUUGCUGUACAGUAUUUAUUGAUUUAUUGAUUGCUUUAACGUUUUGAUCUUUCUUGUUUGAUUUAUCUUGUCAGAUUUUGUAUGAGUGUAUAAUCAACCACUGUUUAUUUUCUCUGAAUAAUGUGGCUGCAAAGGGUUAUGGCAUUAAAAUGUAAGCUCCAACUUCACGUUACAAGAGAAAGUAUAAAAAUGACUUCUUUACGAAAGAC